GGGUGCUGACAGAAAGUUCUCUGGCAGACUCUGUUUACAGGUUCCAUUUCCUGUCACGGAACUGGCUGGAGGAAGGGAUCUGAUAUUCCUGGGCAUUUGCAUUUUUAAGUGACUACAGCACUGCAGAAACCAAUGAGCACCUUCCUAGUCCUUAUCAGGAGAGUCUGAGGGCAGGAUCAAGCCAGAAUGUUUCCUCUAAAGAAGAUAAUUACUUUGUGACCCCUGCUCAGAGUGCCUGCCUCGACACUUUUAGUCCCCUCUUUGCAGAGGAGAAUCCAGCUGCAUGUUUCCUGUAAGCCCUGUCUCUGCUGUGCAUACCUGGAGAUAUGAAUGAUACCCAUGGCAAUGGCAAUAUCAGUGCUACUGUGGAACUGUUCCAGCUCAUCAUGUACACCCCCACUUUUAUCUUGGGAUUGCUGUUCAACAUAAUGGCUCUGUCCUUCCUGUUUUUUAAGGUUAAAAAGCUGUCAGAGUCUACAGUCUACAUGAUAGCCCUUAUAUUCCUGGAUACUUUGCUGCUGUUUACUCUUCCUUUUAAAAUCAUUUCCUACCACCUUCAGGACAACUGGAACUUGGGGUCUGUGUUUUGCUCCACCUUGGAGAGUCUCUACUUUGUGAACAUGUACGGCAGCAUCCUCAUCUCCCUGUGCAUCUGCGUGGACCGGUACAUCGCUAUCCGGUUCCCUUUCGUGGCCCUCACCCUCAGGUCCAUCAAGAAAGCUGCCAUGGCCUGUGCUCUCAUCUGCCUGGGCACCUCUGUGGGGACAGUCUCUACUUUCCAACUGCAUGGGAAGGGCCACAACAUCUCAUCCUGCUUCCACAACUUCUCCAAGAGCACGUGGGAGAACGCAGGGCUGUUCAGCACCUUGCAGAUCAUCUUCUUUGGCAGCCUGGCAGCCAUGACUUUCUGCACUGCCCAAACUGUCCGGUGCCUGAGGAGGCACAGGAACCCAGACAACCCCCAAACACACAGCUCCAGAGCAGAGAGGAUCGUGGUGACAAACCUGGUGGCCUUUUUGGUGUGUUUCACACCUUACCACGUGGCAUACUUCAUGUACUUUUUGGUGAAGAACAACAUCAUCCACAUCAGUUUUCAACAAGUGCUACGAGACACUGUUCAGGUCACCCUCUGCUGGGCAAACCUGAACUGCUGUCUUGAUGGGGUGUGUUAUUAUUUUGUUUUAAAGGAGUCCUUAGAGGAGCCAUUGCGAAACAGUGAAAAAAGAGCCAUGCAAAAGCCUUGAUUUAUGUAUUGUGUGCUCAUGGCUUGGGAUGAUGUGUGGAGAGGCUUUUGUGGAACUGAACUUCUUGCCUAAGCAGUUUGCUUUAAAUAUUCAUGGCUGAAAAUAUUUCCUAAAAACCAGAACUGUUCCUAACUUUUUUUAUUUCUUUCCAUAAUGUUUUCUGUUAUUAUUUAUGGAUAAAAAGAAAUUUAAUUGUCCAUAUAAACAGUGAUGCAUA